AUGGCAAAUCCAAUCUCCUUUGGCGACGCAUAUUUGGCUGCCAAGCUAGCAUUGCAGCUAGGACGAGCAUUCACAAAGGGUCGCAAGUCUGCUCCAGCCGAAUUCCGCGAAGUCGAGAAUCAAUUGUACUCUCUGAGUUCAGCCUUGUUCGCAUUGAAAGAUGCCCUUUCUAAGAACGAAUUUACCGUCAAUAUGGAUCCUCCCAAUGCUCAGCCUCGCUUAGCGGGCAGUGAGGAGACGAUUUCUGUGAUGCUUCGGAGCUGUGAGGAGACACUAGAGCAUCUCAAGGAAAUUGUCGGGAAGUACGGCUGCAUGGUGGACCCCCCAGAUCCUCAGACACCGCGCCUCAAACGCUGGAAAGGGGACUUGAAAUCUACCUGGAUGAAGGUGUCCUGGACAAAAGAAGGUGGAGAUUUGGCAACUUUGAGGAGCAAGCUUACUGUUCAUACCAACAGUCUCAAUCUGAUGCUUGGUGUGGCUAUUAAUUCUCAAACAAGUCGAGUGGAAGACCGGGUGGACCAGGUUGCUGUUAUGCUGAAAGAGAUCCACGACUGGUUUUCUGCAAAUUUGAAGAGCACCACCCCAGGGAGCCAUUCUGUGAGGGAGAAUAGCUUGACUCUUGAACAAAGUCAUCCUGUGACACUCCAGGAAUUUGUCUUCGAAUUAUAUGUAGACACUGGACGAAGAGAAGAUUUCCAAUUGAUAUGCGGCCGGGCAAGCUUGCAUCCCAAGUGGAAAGUCAAGCACUCAGAAGCAGGAGCGAGACACCUGUUCCGGUGUCAUUGCAAUGAAGGCGUCAAAGGAGAACACUCACAUCAAGCGAACAUCGCUGCAUUUACCUUAUCGAGCCUGAGCUUUCCGGUGAAGCUCACUGGCAAGGAGAGAUCGUAUAUGCUCUAUAAAGCAACAGAUGCUACCAAUAACAGAUUGGUAUCGCUCGUCAUCAAGAGAGUGCCACUGAAUGCUCUUUCGGAGUUUGAGGGUGCCUUCAUCUAUGAACUCGCAUGGCAAGGAGCAAACUCCAUGCUUGGACGUGGUCUUCGCACCAUGCUUGCGUACUCGAUGCCCGACGCGAAAGACACGCAUAUACUGCAUAUGAUUGGGAACCUGAAUGGUGUUCGCAAAUCAGUCGACAGCAUCACUUUUUCAAGCGGACCUCGUUCGUACACACGGGCCUCUGUCGGGACCAUACAGCUUCUCCAUUACAAGACAGUUGGGAAUGAAAGCCUCCAGAGCCGCAGCUCUGACCUUGCAACUUCGAGCGAGUCAUAUUUGAGCACCGCAGAGUUAGUCGUGCACUAUAGCGAAAACGACUCACAGGCUGGGGCGGAUGUCAGCCUAACAACCAUCCAAUCCGCAAACAAGCUUCUCCAGAAGCUCGAGGAAAUGCGGAUGGAGCUGUUUGUGAUGAGCCUGCAGUAUCCAAGGCCGGACGAGAGGAUAGUGUUGAAAUUACAAGCCGGUCCGGUCCAAAGCGAAGUUGUCCAAAUUUCAGAUGCCGAUAUCACGAUCGUCCAAAAUACCGAAACGGGGCGAUUUCGGCUCAUCAUCGUGAGUCCGAAUGGCUGCUCCAUUCUGAGCCAAGAACUAGCAGAAGACUUCGUCUCAUCGCUCAGUAUUCCUGGAAGGAGGCCAAACUUCACUUCUCGAACGUUCUUAGUACAAGUCGAGAACACCGGAAAGCGUGAGGUGUAUCGGUAUGAACGUGGAUUCGAGUACUUGGAUUUCUCCAGUGCGCAGACAAAUCGACUCUUUGUGCUUGGGCUCGCCACGAUUUCAGGCAGCUUGCCCGUGAGAACUCCUAAAGACGCAAUUCGAGCUAUCGAGCCGUACGAUGCUCGCAACGCGCUCAGAGAUUGCUAA